AUGAAGUGCUUCAUCUUCCUGUUGUACUCAAGUCUUCUCCUCAUCGGCAAAUUUCUGCCAUCAGCCGCAUCUCCAGCUCCAGUAGCCGCAGCAGAAGCAGGACGCACAGCCGGCAAGCAAAAAGGAACAUCCCCAACGGGUCAGAAUACAAACCGCGGCCAAAAACGCCUCGGAGAUGACGAUGGGGCAGGUCCUAGCAAGACACCAAAAAAAGUUCAAGCACGCGCAAUCACACCUACGGCAAAGGAAACAUGCUAUGGCUUGAAGCUUCAACUCCUCAAGAUCUUUUCGCGCCGCAGCCAAGAGGAAUGCUAUGUGGCAUGCGGAGACCAGCGGCAGGUAUACCGAAAUUUCUUGAGAACGGAGGGGUUGAGACCUUUAGCAGAGGGUUGUAUUCAAUCCAGAGUUUGUGUGAACACAAGACUCCUCUUUGUCAAAAAGUUCUGCAUUCUGUCACUGUGUCUAGCCAGCGAACAACCUUAUCAAUGUCAUUGUGAAGCGACUCUCAUCGCCUUCCGAAUCCGCAAUGUCAAACCAUCAAACAUGCACUCACUAACUCGAUACAUUGAUAAUGUCGAGGAGCAGCGGCAGUCAUCAUUGUAUGGUAUCAGCUGCUAUCACAUCUUCAUGGCAGAUCGAUUGACUCAACCGGGUUGGGCCUUGCAAUCUGCAGCUUGGAAUCCUUUGGUGAGUUGCAAUGGUACAUCCUCGGGAGCAAUCGAACGAGAGAAUCUCUGUGCUUGCACCGACGGGGGGUAG